UAUUUAAAAGUAUUUAAUUUCGCUGUGGAGCGCUUGUUUUCCAACUGUCACAAUCGUGAAAUGUCAACAAAGUUUCGUUGUUGUGUUCCUGGUUGCCACUCCAGGUACGUUCGGGGGCAAGGAAAGCAGAUUCAUUUUUUCAAUUGGCCUGAUCCGGACCGUUUUCACGCGAAGUCCGUUCACCUGAAGAAUCUUACCGAGAAACGUUUGGCCGCCUGGAAUACUGUAAUUCGUAAAAGAUUUGGAGGAUACACCGGAAGAAUCUGCGGUAAACACUUUGUGUCCGGGCAGCCGGCGAAGUUAACGAGUAUAUCUGAAAUCGAUUGGAUUCCUACGUUGUUCAACGAACUCGAUCACGAAUCGUGCAGUUCAUCAAUGGACUCAUUGGCCGACGUAAGCCAAGACGAGCAGCAAGUUGUGGAUAUGCAAUGUGAGGAGGAUAAAGUUGAACUAAUGUGGGAAGAAUCAGAAUCACCCAUUUCGAAUCAAACGGUAGGACCGGAGAAUGGAGCCAUUCGGUGUCUAUUUAAAGUAUCGAUACGACAGUUUAUCGGGCAAAGGAUCAAUCUGGAAGGGCUAACCUAUUGGCUCAUUCGAGCGCACAGUAUCGAAGCAUUCCGGACCUAUCUGUGGGAAUUGGCUGUACCACACAUUAAGCAAGCGGUCGACGUCGAAACGGACAACAAUGGUGUUGUGAAUGUUAGCUGGGGUGAUCCAACACGGCCCUCCAUUGAGCAGGCACAACACUACAUUUCAUUUACUGACAGGAAGACCAGGAAGAAUUAUCACUGGAAACAUAUGACAAACGCGGCACUUGAAAGAUGGCACAAUUCCAGCACAAUCUUUGUGUGCAUUCAUGUGCACUCGAUGGCAGUAUACUCGAGACUGGUGUAUGAAAUCGUGGUGGAUAAAUUGCUGCAACAGAAAAUACCCAAACCGAAGCAACAGCCACGAGCGGUUAUUCCCGUGGAAGCCGAUGGCUACAGCUUCCGGGAUGAGGUGCGAGCCAUUCGGGAAACUUUUCUACAAAUGCGAGAUUUGAUGCACAUAUUGGACAAUCGGAUUACGCUGCUGGAGAAAAAGUGUGACCAGACGGUCCCACCGGAACCGAUGAUUCCUAUGAGAUUUGAAUCGUCAGAAUCGGGAACAGCUGACGCGAAGUCUUUCAUCGGUGAUCCUUUGCAGUGCGUGGUGAUUAAGGAGGAACACGACGAACAGGAUGAUUAUUAAUAAGUUUAUUGAUAAAUUCUCUUAAAUGUUUAUGAAAUAAAUGCGAAAACUAUUUCAAACA